AUGUCCCCCUCUCUAAUUGAUUCCUUACUCUCUCUUUUUCUCUCUCUUUAUCUUUCUAUUCCCCGCCCCAUUAUAAAUACAUUUUCUCUUAGUGGUAAAUUUCCCUCUUCUUUCUUCCUAUUUACAAAAACAGUACAAUAUAUAACACAUUCUCUCUCUCUCUAUUUUUCUUUCCCUCUCUCUCGUUCUCUCAUUGUCACUCUCUCCCCCUCUCCUACCCCUUUCUCUAUCUUAUCUCGUUAUCUCUCAUGCUCACUCUCUCUUUCUCUCUCUCUCUCUCGUUAUCUCUCAUGCUCACUCUUUCUUUCUCUUUCUCUCUCGUUAACUCUCAUUCCCACUCUCUCUUUCUCUUUCUCCUCCCCCAUCUCUCUCUCUCUCUCUUUCCCACUCUCUUUCACUGACUCAUUCCCUUUUCUUUGUCGGGUCGAUAAUCGUUGCACUAUUCCUCGUUCUUCUUCCAUUCUCUCUUUCUUUCUUUCUUUCUCUCUUUAUUUCUUUCUUUCUUCCAUUCUCUCUUUCUUUCCUUCUUUCUUUCUUUCUUUCUUUCUUUAUCUCUUUAUUUCUUUCUUUCUUCCAUUCUCUCUUUCUUUCUUUCUUUCUUUCUUUCUUUCUUUCUUUCUUUCUUUCUUUCUUUCUUUCUUUCUUCCGUUCUCUCUUUCUUUCUUUCUUCUACUUACUCACUCUUUAUUCAUAGUUGGGCGUAACGUGUUGUCAAGAAAUUAA